CGUGUCUCCAUUCAUUCAUCCACUCAUAGGAGGGAGCAGUCGCCGCUCGCGCCCCCUCCACACCCGACUACGAGGCUAACCCAGAGAGUACCCGCCAGGCGAGCUUUACUCGCAUCGCAUUCCCUCGUCCGCUUUCGUCUCGGCCGCUUCGUUCGCUCUCCGCUCUCUACGUCAACGUACACAGUCUCUCCUGUCCGUCGAGUCUGAGGGGAAAAUGGCACCGGUGAUUGGUUAUUGGAGACCGAGAGGGCUGCUUCAUCCGAUUCGCAUGUUGCUGGUCCACACCGGAGUGGAUUUCGAGGACAAGGUCUACCCGGAAACGAGCCGAGACGAAUGGCUGAAAGACAAGGAAUCCCUGGGACUCCCCAUGCCGAAUCUCCCCUAUUACAUCGACGGAGACUGCAAGCUGACCCAAUCCCUGGCCAUCAUUCGGUAUCUGGCCCGAAAACACGGCCUCGCCGGGACGAACGAAGAGGAACUGAUCCGGACCGAUCUGGUGGAAUGCCAAGUGCAGGACCUUCGAUUGGCGCUGAUCAAGCUGGGUUACCACGAAUACAGCGAGGAGGCGAGGGAGAAAUAUCUGAAGGAGACGCUUGCGAAUCAUCUCAAGCUGCUUUCGGGUUAUCUGGGGGAUCAUCCGUGGGUUGCGGGGAAUAAGAUGACGUACGUGGACUUUCUCCUGCACGACACGUUGGAUUGGCAUCUGUUCUUGGACCCGACUUGCCUGGACGGCUACCAGAAUCUCAAGGAUUUCCUGGCCCGGUUCGAGUCACAGCCGAAUAUCAAGGCGUUCAUGGAGUCGGAGAAAUUCCUGAAGUGGCCCAUUUUCGGCCCCAUGAGCAAGUGGGGGUACGAUGACGCCGGGUCGAAACUUCGAUUCCCGGAUUGAGUGGAAACAUCCUGAAAAAAAAACUACACCGGAAGAGAAUAAAAAAAAAAGCUGAGUAUCGACC